AUGUUUGAAGCACAUUUAAGUCAAGGUUUAAUGCUUAAAAAAUUAUUAGAAGCUAUCAAAGAACUUGUUACAGAUGCAAACUUUGAUUGUAGUGAGACGGGUAUUGCACUUCAAGCCAUGGAUAACUCACACGUAGCACUGAUAUCACUUUUGUUAAGUUCUGAAAUAUUUGCUACAUAUCGAUGUGAUAGAGGUUUUUCUUUGGGUGUAAAUUUAACUUCUCUUAACAAGUUAUUGAGGUGUGCUGGAAAUGAUGAUUCUAUCACAUUAAAAGCCGAUGACAAUUCUCCUGAAACUUUAUCCAUGUCAUUUUCAGCCCCAAAACAUUUAAGUAUUCCAGAAACAGAAUAUCAUGCAAUAGUAAGUUUACCUUCUGCCGAAUUUCAAAGAGUAUGUCGUGACAUGAUGGUCAUUGGCGAAACUGUAACGAUCGAAAUUGACUGUGAUGAAAUUAGAUUCGUUACAGAAGGUGAACUUGGUAAUGGCAACAUAAAAUUGAAACCAACUUCCCCUAUGGAUAAACCUGAAGAAACUAUCGAAAUCAUUGUUAAGAAACCAGUCUCGCUUCAAUUUUCACUUAAAUACUUGAUGAAUUUUACCAAAGGUUCCCCAUUAUCUGAGCAUGUUAGAUUAUGUUUAUCUGAAGAGAUGCCAUUGCUCGUAGAAUAUACUAUAAAUUCUACAUGCAGUUUUCUUAGAUAUUAUCUUGCACCAAAGAUUGGUGAAUAA